ACGCGCCCCCGGCUGGCUGAGAAAAGGCGCAUCAUCCUGCUGCUUUUACAUUGCAGUCACGCAGCUUUGCUCAGAUUUGAGGUGAUGCAUGGACGAUAUGUGUGUGUGUGUGUGUGUUUUUACGCUGCCGCAGCUCGCAUCAGUAAUCUAAAGACAGAGGGGAUCAAACCCGCAUUUCGCAUCGACGCUUUUGCUUUAUCUGAUUUAUCAUUUUUUUGGAAUAACCUUGUGAGCGCGUCAUUUUUUGGAUAAUCUGCAGUGCUUUGCAUCCGAGCGAGCAGCUGCAUCUCGAGUAUUAACGCACGAUAUCCGACAUAACAUUUUCCUGCAGGAUCUUUCAUGUUUUUACACGCGUCCGUUUGCAAAAUAUAUAAAAAAUAUAAUAAUUUUUGGCAGGAGGCGUGGACACAGGGCCGUGAAUGAUUUGAGGUCUCAGCUGGUGACACAUUGCGAUGCUCAUCGCCCAAAAGCAAUGAUGAUGAUGCUGCAGUACGAGAGCAGUAAAAUAGCCUAGAAAAGGUGAUGGACUAUGUCCUGUCCGGCGGGCACACGACCCCUGCGAUCCUGGUCCUGAAUGCAGCGCAGAGAGACACCUAACCGGGUGUCACCGUCAGCCCUGGAUGCUGCGCCGAAGGAUGGGGUAUGUCGACCCCUCGUCGGGUAAAGAUAUACUCGGCAACAGAUCUCUUUGCUUUAUAUUUAUUUGCGCAUUUGGACUCGUCACACUAUUGCAACAGAUUCUCUAUGGAAAAAACUACAUUAAGAGUGCGCAACAGUUUAGCCGACUCAAAGGGGACGAGACAGGAAAUUGGACCGGUCCCGUUAAUUUCUCGGAUGAUGGAUCUCUGAAGCCUGCCAGAAAUGGAAGGAAAAGAUGUUUCCGUCAGACAUUUCAGCCAGAUUCACACAUCACCUCCGUAAUAGUCACACCCUGCCUAGCCGAUAUUAAGAAGAAGAAAAAAAGGUAUCUGGAAAACUACGAUGGCUCUUAUGAAUUCAACUCCACUGCAUGCAGGGAGCUCAGGCAGGAGAUUAUGGACGUCAAAGUCUUGACAAUAAACAUUAAUCGGAAAGUACAUGGCCAUGGGUAUCCUUCCUCAUUCCACAAGUCUCUCUGCCUGUCUGCCAGGGUGAAAACCUCAGACCUGUUUGAGAGAUGGCGAAACCUGCAGGUGUGUAGGUGGGAGCAGAACAAAGAGGAGACGAGCAACUUCAAGAUGUCUCUGUCCCGCUGCUGUAAUGCUCCUUCCUUUCUGUUCACCACCAAGAGGAACACUCCAGCAGGGACCAAGCUGAGGUACGAGGUGGACACCAGUGGUAUUCUUCCCAUCACCACUGAAGUCUUCAAGAUGUUCCCAGAUGAUAUGCCGUAUUCCAAAUCACAGUACAAGAAAUGUGCUGUUAUUGGAAAUGGCGGCAUCAUCAAGAACACCAAAUGUGGGAAGGAAAUUGACUCGGCAGAUUUUGUGUUUAGGUGCAACAUCCCACCCAUCAACGAGAAGUACUCAGCUGAUGUCGGCACUAAGACAGAUCUGGUGACAAUCAAUCCGAGCAUUAUUACUGAGAGGUUUCAGAAGCUGGAGAAAUGGCGGCGACCGUUUUACGAGGUCCUCCAGAAUUACGAGAACUCCUCGGUGGUGCUUCCCGCCUUCUACAACACCCGCAACACCGACGUAUCAUUCAGAGUCAAGUACAUGCUGGAUGACUUCGACUCCCAGAGGGGCGUGUUCUUCUUCCACCCGCAGUACCUGCUCAAUGUGCAGCGUUUCUGGGCGGUGCAGGGCGUUCGGGCCAAGCGGGUCAGCAGCGGCCUCAUGCUCGUGACCGCCGCCUUGGAGAUGUGUGAGGAAGUGCACCUCUACGGUUUCUGGGCGUUUCCCAUGAACCCCGCCGGCAUCUUCAUCACCCACCACUACUACGACAACGUCAAGCCGCGGCCGGGCUUCCACGCCAUGCCGCAUGAAAUUUUCAACUUCAUUCACAUGCACACUCGCGGGAUCAUCAAUGUACACACAGGGCCGUGCACGUGAUCCAUCACUGCGUUACUGUGGUUUAGUUAGUUUGUUUUAAGUGAGGUUGUGUUUUAUUUCAGACUAUUUUCUCCCUGUUUAAAAAGAGAGUUGGCCUUCAGAGCGUCUUUGCUCUCUCUUAUUCCACGACACAGUGAAAGUUGCUUGCUUUAAUUGCCAACAUCCUCCUUUCGGUGUGCAACUUAAGUUGUUUACUUAGUCAAUCAAAUCACUACGGUUAUCUCCGACUCUAAUCAUAGGGUGCUUGUUUUUAAUGUGAAAAGUGGUCUUCAUAGUGAUGUUGUUUCUGUGAAGUUUUUCUAGUGGCUCCGCUGGUGUUUUCUACUCAACGUUGCACAGAUAUUUACGCUGAAAUGGGCCGCAGUGGGUGUCUUUGUGCCCCCUCAUUCCCUCUGUCUUCUCUCUUUAUCUUGGACACUCUGUGGGCGUGGCAGCUUUUAAUGUUUGUGUAAAACAAAAUCUUGAUAUUAAGCUAUUAUUUGAAAAAAAAAAAUAAGAAAAAAAAAUAGAGAAAUUGUAACAUCCAGUUGUCUACUUUUGUAAUCUACUUCUGAUUCACCAGAUUCACUUGGUGAAUAUUUGAAAAACACUCUUGAAUAGGCCUGUUUUCUGUGGCCUGCAUCUAAAAUAUCCUCUGAUUUCUGGUAUUAAAAAAGCGUGUAUGAAAAGAGGCGAUUUUUUUUUCUUCCCCUCCUCUUGUUUUUUUUGGACAAAAGCCAGGCAAAUAUUUUGAAAUGACACCACCUGAGUAAACUUUCAAGGCUGUCCAAUUUGUAAAGAAACACAGUGCUAAAAAGUACUGUUUAGCGACCCAGCCUCUCUUUGUCAUUCAUGUCUUAAACCAUGCUGCCUUAUGAGAUACCCAACCCCUCUAUAUGAUAUGCAAUGCACCCAUGUGUUUUGCUUAUCUAAAAAUACAUUAACAUCAAACUAAAUCUUAGUUGCUCUAUUGAAUCGAAGGACACUUAAGACUCUCUGAGGUGUAGAAAUUCAUGUGCGGUUCUUCUAUUCCACUGGAAUUAGCAAAGUCUUUCCUCCCUGUAAACUCCAUUCAUAAUCAUGUAACGCUCUGCAUGACUUUACUCUAUACUUGGCUUUGUGUGUGCCUGCUUCAAUGAUCACUGAAAUAUGUUUACACUUAAAGCCUCCAACUGGAGCUCACAGUGCUUUUGGAGAUAUAUACACGAAACCUUUUCACAGAAAGAUGAAUGGCUUCGUUGAAUUGUAUAAUACUGGAUGCGGCUCUUGUUGAUUGAAGAUGCACGAAUGCAGAUGGUUGCUGCCCUUUUGUGAAGUGCUACGACACUUUUAAUACUACUGUAAUGAUUCACCUUCCCCUUUGAACUGUGAACAUUCAGUUUGCAAGUGUUGUGCAUUCAAGCACUGGAAUUAUCUGUAGGUUUUUACUGUUCAUUUUGUUGUACACUGCAAAAGGUUUUAAGAGACUGUAAAAUAAUAUGUUGUCACUCUUCUGUUCAUGCUCUGCUGUGCACUUCAUUCCUUCUUUUUUAUUUAAAUGGCAUCAUUGCAUAUACGUUUAUGUUGUUUCUUUUAUCAUUUAUACAGACUCUUUUUGUGUUUAUACAUAAGAGAUAUGAGUUCAAAUGUGAACACCAAAAAUAUUUUUGGCUUGACCACUAAAUUGUUGCACAGACACAACAAAGAAUCAAGAAUGGGAAAGGAAGGGAACCUGUCUGUGUAGUGAAUGGAGGUAAUAUAUAACACAGUGCUUCUUAACUGACUGAUCAUUCUUUAUAAUGGUAUUGUGUUUGUAAAUAAACUUGUUUGGAUUUUCUCACUUAA